AUGGCAGACCAACCCGAUCUUUGUGAUAUACUAGCCGCGGUAACUCAGCUCCAACUCGACAAUCAAGCUCUUCAACAGGAUAAUGUGGAUCUCAGGAAUACUUUAAACUAUCUUCGAGCCCAGGGAGGAAUCGAUAACCAACACAAGGAACCCAAAGUUAGGCUCCCGGACAAAUUUGAUGGGUCCCGAGUGAAUUUUAGAGGGUUCCUAAACCAAGUACGCCUCAUCAUACGAAUGCAACCCAACCGUUACCCCAAUGAUCAUUUACAAGUAGGUCUGCUAGGGAGCUUAUUAACAGGUCUAGCCCUUGCCUGGUUCACCUUGCUCCUGAAGAAACAAUCACCAUUACUCGAAACUUUUGAAGACCUGGUCAGAGAACUUGAAGCCACGUUUGGUGACUCAGAAAAGUCCAGGACUGCAGCUAAUAGAAUUCGAAAGCUUGUCCAAGGAACAAGACCAGCCUCAAGUUAUGCUUCUGAGUUUCGGCAAAUUGCAGGCGAUUUGGACUGGGGCGAAGCAGCGCUGAUAGACCAAUUUCGAAGUGGGCUUCGCAGUGAUGUUAAGGACUUGCUUCUUUCAGUAGAAGACCCAACUUCACUAAACGACGCGGUUUCGAAAGCCGUCAAGUGCAACAACCGACUAUAUGAGCGCAGGCAAGAAUGUUCAUGGGACCUUCCAGCAAGACAACACCAUUCUCAGCCCAUUACCAGACCAGCACCUUUCGAAGCAGACCCAAUGCAAAUUGAUACCGUGAGGAUUAAGCCACUCUUAGCAGCAGAGAAAAGACGGUGCCGUGCAAAUAAUCUCUGUUUUUACUGUGGUGACCCAGGUCACAUUGUUAAAAACUGUUCUAAAAAAUCUUCUGUAUCACCAAGAAUUGAUACUAUUGUCUUCUCAGAAGAACUGUCAGGAAAAGAACAGCCCCAGUCGCAUCCAAACCCCGUAUACCUACUACCCAAUAACCGCCCCGUAUCAGCAUUCACCCCAGAGUUAUACAUACACUUGCCAAAUGGAACUCAAACAAGUGUGGAAGCUUUAAUCGACUCUGGAGCAUCAGCAUGUUUCUUAGACCUAGCCCUAGCUCGAGAACUCAACUUACCUAUUUACGAAAAAAAGACGCCAUUGUCGGUUGAGGUAGUUGACAGUCAAGAGCUUUCAUCAGGGUCCAUAACGCAGGAAACUGGGCCUAUUCCUGUGCAUUUGCAAGACCAUUCUGAGGAAAUAAUCUUUAACCUUAUCCCUUCUCCUCAUUACAAAGUAAUAUUGAGGCUACCCUGGUUGACUCUAUAUAACCCCGAAAUUAAGUGGCGCGAGCGAAUCAUCACUUUUUCGGACCCAACCUGCAGCAUUCACCUUCUUCCACCUGCAGGAACUAGCUCUACUAAUAAAGAGCAAAUUUUCGUAGUUCAAGUUUUUUCUACUGGGGCAGUUGACUCCUACCAUACUGACAAAGGGCCAUCCCCAACGGUUCCAGAAAAGUACCAAGAAUUUAGUGAUGUUUUCAGUGAAAAAGAAGCCUAUAAAUUACCCAAAAACCGUCAAUAUGACUGUGCAAUCGACCUAUUACCUGAUAUGCAGCCUCCUUGGGGUCUCAUUUACGAAUUAUCCACACAAGAACUUGAAACCUUGAGGGGAUAUAUUGAGGAAAAUUUAGAAAAAGGAUUCAUCCACCACUCAAAAUCGCCAGCAGGAGUGCCAGUACUCUUUUAUUGGAACGCCUACAGAAAAAUGGGUUGUUUGCGAAACUGGAGAAAUGCAAAUUCGACAAAAAGAAAAUAG